AUGGCUUCUGACAUUGAACUACCUAUACUUGAGGCAUACGAUGUGUCUCCCAGAACCGGGUUUCUACCCGAAAUUGUAUCUGAAGAGACCAAUUUGCACCCAUCCUACCUGCCAUGGAUACAAGUUACCCAGCACUUACAGGAUUUGAUCAUGCAAGAUCAAAUACGGAGCGUCGUUGACGGGCUUCCAGUCCUGAGUUGCCAGCAUCUCGAGACAACAUCGCAACGAAGAAAAGCAUACUCGAUACUGGGCUUUAUUUGCCAUGCGUACAUUUGGGGAGGCGAAGAGCCGGCAGAGAUUAUCCCGGAAUCAGUAUCGAGCCCGCUCUUGUUUCUCUGCGAGUCACUGGAUAUGCCUCCUGUUGCGACCUAUGCCGGAUUAGUUCUAUGGAAUUAUAGAGUUGCACAGGAUAUGGAACCACUUUAUCGUAUCGAUAAUCUGGCAACUCAAAUUACCUUCACAGGUGCGAUUGACGAAAGCUGGUUCUACCUUGUCUCGGUAGCUAUUGAGGCUCGAGGUGGUCCACUAGUCCGAGCCGUCUUGGAUGCAGUCCGUUAUGUGCGAGAAAAUGAGAUCAAUGCCGUUGCUACCCAACUUCUCAGUAUACUUGAGGGCAUCCAAGAUAUAUGCGCAUUGACGCAACGCAUUUAUGAGAACUGCGAUCCACACUUCUUCUACAACAAAAUCCGUGUAUUUCUUGCCGGUAGCAAAGGAAAUCCAAAACUGCCUAGUGGGGUAUAUUUUAAUAAUGGAACACAUCCAAUACAACCGGCUCGUUUUUCUGGAGGAUCGAAUGCUCAGUCCAGUCUGAUUCAACUCAUUGACCUCGCUUUGGGUGUCAGACAUCACCCCACCAGAAUCCAUGCACACGGGCUCAGGAACAGUGAAGUAAAAGGAAUCUCUGAUUCGGUCCCCGAGGAAGAGUCCGAAUUCGUGGCAAGCAUGCGGGACUACAUGCCUGAUCCUCAUCGUCGAUUCCUAAUCCACUUUGCGAAAGUUGCCAAUAUUCGAGCCUUUGUUGAGAUGAACCGAGAUCACGAGCAGCUCAUCAACUCAUAUAAUGCUUGUAUCGGUGCUCUGGUGAGAUUCCGGGACGUGCAUUUGAAGAUAACAAAUAGCUACAUCCUUCAGCAGAACCCGAACAGCUAUCGUAAUGCGAGGAGACAACAGGGAGCUUACAAGCCAAGACAAAUACAUAUCGACACGAAUACUCAGUCUGGGGGCACCACCACCACAAAUUUGAGCCAUAAGAAGAUUGAAUUUGCUGUGCGUGGGACAGGGGGUACAGAUCUCCUUCCGUUCCUCAAACAGAUCCGCGAUGAGACCUGCUCCUCGUACGCUUAG